UCGCCAUCUUUGGCUUGGCUCCGAAGCUCUUCUUCGGCGAGACGAGCCUCCCGAUCGUCAAGGCAAUCAUCAAAGAGGAUGUCCGUGAAUUCCUCUUAAUCCCGUACAUGGGCCAGGGCAAUGGAUCCCCGAGUCAGGGGGGAAGAGUGGUAUCGGAUGCAUUAAUGCCUAUCGAGUACACCACCGGAAAGAACUGGGAAGCUGCUGAUUUUGAGAGUUCGUUCCUGGAAGAGGUGAAGAAUAAAGUGUUGGCUAAAUGGGAGAAGCUGGGAUUUCGGAGCUAAAUUGGGUAUCGAUUUUUGUUUGGGAUAGAACCUAGGUUCUUUAU